UAAACUCACGUGUAUCAAACUUCGCAUUUUCUCAUUCUUAAUUCAUUCUCACUCUCUCUAUCUCUAUCUCUCUGACUCCAAACAAAGAGUUUUUCUUAUCUAUCUAUCUAUCUAUUCUUUCUCUCUCCAAAGAUUUAACCGUUAGAAUGGACACGUGUCAUCAACCCACCACCUGUCUUCAUCACUCUGCUGCUUCGGAUCCUUUUUCCAUCCUCUUCCUCUUCAUCUCCAUCAUCAUUCAUUUCUCUCUCUCUGUAAUUCCUUGAGCUCAUCAUCUCUCUGCAACUAAUGAGUUCUCAAAGAAUUUGACAAUGUUGAAACCCAUUAUCUUCAUCCCUCAAUUACUAGUACUACUAGCUUUAGUUCUAGUCCAUGGUACUAGUAGUACUAGUAAGAGUGAUUCUUCAAGUACAGUAUUUGAUUUUGGUACAUUAUCAUUAACAAGUUUGAAGUUAUUAGGAGAUGCACAUCUUAACAAUGGAACAAUUAGUCUAUCACUUGAUCUUCCUGUUCCGAAUUCUGGUUCUGGUAGAGUUCUUUACAGUAAACCAGUUAGAUUCAAACAGGAACCAGGAAAAACACCUAAUUUUUUGACUUUCUCAUCAUUCUUCACAUUCUCUGUUAAGAAUCUAAACCCAUCUUCAAUUGGGGGUGGAUUAGCUUUUGUGAUGUCUUCAGAUGAUCAAACAAUUGGUGAUGCUGGUGGGUUUCUUGGAUUAUUGAAUAAUCAAGAUAAAGAGAAGAUUUCUGGGAUUUCUUCUUUUACUACUGUUACUUCCUCUGUUUCUUCUUCUUUUGUUGCAGUUGAGUUUGAUACGUUAAUGGAUGUCGAGUUUAAUGAUAUUAAUGGGAAUCAUGUGGGUUUGGAUCUAAAUGAUUUGGUUUCUACUCAAGUUGGUGAUUUGAGUUCUAUUGAUAUUGAUAUUAAAAGUGGGGAUUUGAUUAAUGCUUGGAUUGAAUAUGAUGGUGAAACUAAAGUUUUUAAUAUCUCUGUUUCAUAUUCAACUCUUCAUCCAGUUGAUCCAUUGUUAUCAUUCCAUCUUGAUUUGGACCAGUAUGUCAAUGAUUUCAUGUUUGUGGGUUUUUCUGCUUCAACUCAAGGAAGUACAGAGAUUCAUACAAUUGAUUGGUGGAGUUUUUCUUCUUCAUUCCAUGGAAAAUCUGAUUCUAAUUCUAGUCCUGCUCCUCUCUCUGGUCCCGGUGCUGGUGUUGGUGCAAUUUCAUCAGCAGCAGCACCACCACCACCACCAAGGACUAGUUUUUAUGUACCAAUUGAGAAUUCUUCUAAUCCAUCAUCAACACCACCUUCAUUGCCUCCUUCAGAUACUGAAAGCCAUGAAUCUUCAUCAAAUUGUCAUAACCAGCUAUGUAAAAAAGGUCCUGGUGCAGUUGCAGGUGUAGUAACAGCAAGUGCAUUUGUCUUUGUGAUAUUUGCAGGUGUUUUCAUCUGGGUUUUCUCUAAAAAGUUCAAAUCAGUGAAGAAAUCCGAGUAUUUGACAUCAGAAAUUAUUAGAACUCCCAGAGAAUUUAGCUACAAAGACUUGAAAUUGGCAACCAGGACAUUUAGUCCAGUUAGAGUUAUUGGUCAUGGUGCAUUUGGUACUGUUUACAAAGGCAUACUUCCAGAGACAGGACAAUUGGUUGCUGUGAAGAAAUGUAGUCAUAAUGGUGGUCAAGGGAAAGAAGAAUUUCUAUCUGAGUUAUCGAUAAUCGGAACAUUAAGGCACAGAAAUCUUCUAAGUCUUCAAGGAUGGUGUCAUGAGAAAGGUGAAAUCUUACUUGUUUAUGAUUUUAUGGCUAAUGGGAGUUUAGAUAAAGCAUUGUUUGAAUCAAGAUUUGUGUUGCAAUGGGUUCAUAGAAGGAAAAUUCUUAUUGGUGUUGCAUCUGCAUUGGCUUAUUUACACCAAGAAUGCGAAAACCAGGUUAUUCAUAGAGAUGUUAAGACUAGUAACAUUAUGCUUGAUGAAGGGUUUAAUGGCAAACUAGGUGAUUUCGGUUUAGCGCGACAGGUUGAACAUGAUAAAUCGCCUGUUGCAACUGUGACUGCAGGCACAAUGGGGUAUUUGGCUCCUGAAUAUCUCUUAACAGGUAAAGCUACCGAAAAGACGGAUGUUUUUAGUUUUGGUGCUGUAAUUCUUGAAGUUGCAACAGGUAGAAGACCCAUUCAGAAAGAAGCUAACAACAAUGUAGUAGGUGGUGGUAAAAAUGGUGGCGGCGGCGGCAGUAGUAAUUUGGUGGAUUGGGUUUGGAGUUUACACAGAGAAGAAAGGCUGGUGAGUGCAGCUGAUCUUAGACUUGGUACUGAAUUUGAUAUAGAAGAAAUGCGGAAAAUUCUUUUGGUGGGACUAGUUUGUUCACAUCCUGACCAACAUUCUAGACCUACCAUGAGAUCAGUUGUGCAAAUGCUUGUUGGUGAAACUCAAGUACCCAUUGUUCCAAAAUCAAAACCUUCAAUGGGUUUUAGUACUGAUCAUCUUUUGAUGACAUUACAAGAUAGUGUUUCUGACUUUAACGACGAUGAGAAUGAGAUGAUGUUGAAUAGAAUUUCUACUUCUUCUGAUGAAAACAGUUUUGAUGGUAUUUUGCAAGUUUGAAAUGAAGUGGUUGUGAUUUUUUUUACUGGACAUCUUCUCAAGUUAAUUACUGCAGUCAGUGUAGUGUUUAGGUUAUAUUUAUUCAUUUAUUUGUGACUGUAAAAACACAAUAACAUGAAGGAAAAAAGAAGAAGCUAAUGUAUGUAUUUUUUAAUGUUACCAUCUUUUCUAUAGCAACAAAGUUUGGGACUUUUUUGAGUUCA